GUCAGUUGCUGAAAACUUUUGCGCGCCGGUUUCGAACCCUACUUUUUAGGACGAAGGUUGCUGGUUCGAUCCCCGCUCGAAGGACUCAUUUUUGCACGCAUUUCUAGUGCUAUAGAUUAUGGGCGUCUCUUCAACUAACAGUCGUACUGCUAACUUCCACAUAGGUCCCGAACCCAAACAUUCGUUUUCACCUUUAUAGAAAGCAGCUUUAGAACCACCCCACCAUGGAUCAUAAGGUGGCACAACUGCUUGAGAUGGGUGCUACUGCAGCCCAAGCUCGGGCAGCCCUGAAACAAUACAAGGACGUCAUGGCGGCGGCUGAGCGCAUAUUCGAUGGAUCCUUCGACCACGUUAGAGACGACGAUGGUGACAUUGCGAUGUCUCCUGCAAGAGAUGUGCCAGAACCGCGAAAGAGUGGUAUGAUUACUCCAGAAGCGGACGAUGACGAUGUUGAGGAUAAUGAUGAUGAAGACGAGUACGACUCAGAUGAUGUCGAGGAUUUCGCAGAUUACGACUCGGAUUAUGAAAGUAAGGCCGAUGUAGGGCAAGGAAUGUCCAAGGCAGAUCCUUAUGCAGGCGUUUUCUUCUCCAAGGAUCGGAGAGAGGAAGUCAUCGAAGUAGAAGAAGAGCCUGAAACAGCCUUUGUCUCGGAGGAAAAGGAGGAAGUGAAACUCAUGACUCAAGGCCAAUGGAUGAAAGGCUGUCCGGAAGGCGGCGAACAGAGCUUUCUCUUUACGCUGUACAAUGAGCUCAGCGAGAGCGAAUGUCGAUGUCCAAACGGUUGCGAUUAUUCGGUUCAAAGACAGAAGCGCGAUUUCUUCCCUCUUUUCUCCGAGUUCUCCACCUAUACCAAGCAUCUCUCGAAGAUAGUCCAACGCACUUGCCUGAAAUGCUCCAAGAAGUUCUGCUAUGCUUGCGGCGAACCCGUCGGUUCCUCAAAGUACUCGGACCAACACGACUGCUUGUUCCACUGUCCAAAUCUGCAAGGAGUGAUCCUAGGCGUUGGCUUAGCUAUGUUAGAGUCCAAAUUCACCGAAGAUCUAGAGCAAUCGGCAAGCGAUAAAACUCGAAAGCGACGACAGGUUCAAAUAUCAACCCCCCAACCUCUUGAGGUUGAUGUGGAAGAAGAUGACGAUUUCUAUCCUCCAAUUUCGCAGACUAAGAAGAUGAAGCUGGGCAUCGGGUAUGCAGGUGAUGCAAGGGAAGAUACAUCUGGUCAGCUGGAAGCCUUGGCCGCCCAACGGGCGAAGGACGAAAAACUGUCGAAGCUCUUAUCUGAUAUUCGAGUAUUCCUACCAUCUAUUCAUCGAGCUGGCGGUGGCAAACCCAGUGAUUUCCUUGUACACCCGACGGCUCUUGCUCAUCUUCGACGACGCUUCAACUUUGUCAGCAGCCAACUACUUCGGAAUGACUCUCUCACUGACAUGUCGGAUCGUUCCGUGCUGUACUUUGAGCUCUUGAACUGGCUAGAGACUAUUUCUUGCCACGAAGCUCUGGCCAGUAUGAUGGCUAUGCCGAUCAUGGUCGUUACGUCUGUUAAAUCAAUCAACUCCAGAAAGUCCAGUACUUCUCAUAUUCGUGAACGAACUAUUGUCUACGAAGGUUCUUCUGGGCCUCGCGAACUCCUCGAAGCCAUCGUCAUUCAAGCGCAGGCCGCUUUAAAGGGACUGGAACCCAUCAAGAUUGAGGAGGAAGAGACUGUCGAGAUGUCCGAAGAGCAAAAACGUAUCACCAACGACGACAAGGGCAAAGGUAAAGACGUGAAUAAGGCCGUUGCAGAGGAGAAUGAGAAAUUGCUCGGCUUCUGCACCAGGAUCCUUGCAACAGCCAGGGCGAUUGAUAGAUCUCUGAGGGACCUCAAGGGUGAUGCUUUCGUCGAUCGCCUACAUACCAGUUUGCCAAAGAUUCCUGGCUCAGCAUCGGCUGGAGAGGACAGACAAGUGGUCGAUGCCGGCGAUACGGAGGAGAGCGCACAGAAGGCGUACAUUGAAUGGGCAAAUCGAGUGCGAUUCGAAUACUGUGACCUCACCGUCUCAUCGUCAGACACUAACGACGAUGUGCCAAAUUACAAAUUCUAUUACAAUAACGAGGCUCGUAUGUUGGCUUCUUCCGACAUUCCUAAACGGUCUUUGGCAAUCGCGAAGGAGCUGGCUGUGCUCACGACCAAUUUACCUGUUGCUUGGAACUCUUCUGUCUUCCUUCGGGUCGAUGAAACACGAGUCGACAUCAUCAAAGCCCUUAUCACAGGCCCCGAAGGAACACCAUAUUAUAAUGGCUGCUACUUGUUUGACGUCUUCUUGGGGCCGAGCUAUAACCAUGCACCGCCAAGUGUAAAGUACAUGACGGUAAGUGGGACCAAUCUCGACUUAUUGGCCCCUCAUUGCUCAUCUUUUCUCCAGACCAAUGGUGGCAAAUUCCGAUUCAAUCCUAACCUAUACCAGGAUGGUAAGGUCUGCCUAUCUCUCUUGGGAACAUGGUCUGGGCCUGGCUGGAUAGCUGGGAAAUCAACCCUGCUUCAAGUCCUGAUUUCCAUUCAAUCUAUGAUCCUCUGUGAGGAGCCGUAUCUGAAUGAGCCAGGUUGGGCUACGGCGGCUGGCACACCACAGUCCAAAGCUUAUUCUGCGAAUGUUAGGAGAAUGGUGGUAAAGACUGCGAUGCUUGGUAACCUCAGGAACCCACCAGAGCCCUUCGCGGACGUCAUUCGCACGCACUUCCGUCUCAAAGCGAGGUCCAUCAUGAAGCAAUUGGACGAAUGGCUCCAGCAAGAUGAUGGAAGACCAAUUGAUGCAGCGAACCAGGGCGGCUCGUACAAGGCUGUUGCCGGUUCAAGUUCUGCAGGAUUCACCAAGGACGUUGACGAGUUAAAGGGCCUCCUGCAGAAGCUCAUCGACGGCGAGAAUAUUGAAAACGGCGAUGGUUCUGGGACAGCAUAAAUGAAUAUGUGGCAUUGUAUUAUUUUUCUGGACCGAGCUUUCCUUGAUUGUAACAAAUAUAUUAUAAUGCAGCUGUUGGGCAUAUGUACUCAGCACAAUCCUUUUCACGCAUGUGCGCAACGUCCGG